UCCUGACAUUUACUGAAACAUAAAUUUUGAUAUGACAAAUAUAUGAUGAACUUUCCUUAAUUAUACGGCAUAUUCAAUUUGUCAGCAUAACUUACUUUUUAAUGAAUUAAUAACCAAAUGAUUGUUCCAAAAUUAAUGUGAAUUUUGGAAAUAAUGUUAAAUUUUCGCUAUAAGUGUAAAGACACAUCAAUUAAUAAUUUUUUUGUUUUAUUUCGUGAAUUAUACUAAAAUGUAGGGUUUUUUGUUUAAUAUUUUGCGUUUUUAUUUCUUUAGGACCACAUGGCUUUCAAUAUUCAGGCAACCAACACAGUUACCAACCUCUAUACAACCCCCAGGGCCAAGAUAUGACAUCAGUGGUCAGACAGCCUGGAGUUGCGCCUACGGUUGUCAACCGAGCUCAAUACCGGGAUUGGAUGGCUCCGGCUGUCCUCUCUUGUUUGUGCUGCUUUUGGCCGACGGGACUAUGUGCUAUUAUUGCUGCUAGCAAUGCUAAUCAAGCAGCAGAAGCCGGGGAUGUGAUAGAAGCGGAAAGACAGUCAAGAAGUGCGCGCACGCAUGUGAUUGUUUCCGUGAUAUUGGGAAUUAUUGGGAUAAUUCUGAUCAUUGUUUUUCAGGUGUUUCUUCAACCAUCUAACGAUAUGAAUAGGAUCCAUUAGUGCUCAUCCUUCAAUGAAUGGUAGUUACAUUGAAAAGUUAAAAAUACUGAACAAUUUUCUCACUUAUUUAAACACACCAUCUAAGAUGCUUUGAAGGUUGCGUUUUCAUUAAAAGAGGAUAUACUGUUAAAUCAUUACCAAUCAGAUAUGCCUUGACAUUUUAAAUAUGAUACAUAUAUUUUGUUGUCUAUGUUCAUUAUUUGUAAGUGUAAUUAUAAAAGAGAGUUUACAUUGUUUGUGUCUAUAUUACAUGAACCUCGUUAAAUUAUAAAUACAUAUUUAAGUACA